GAGCAUUCAAUAUGUGGCAACUAGCAAAUAAGCUCUCCUCUCCAACAACGCCUCGUUUUCAUCGACACCCAAUCUCUUCAAAUCUUCCCCAACCUCCCCCCAUCCCCCAACCCGUUUCUUCAUACUUUUCCUAUAAUCUAUUAUUCCUUCGUUCUCUUUCUUUCUCUGAGGAAUUUUAUCAAACAAAUUAACGCAUUACAUUAUCUUAAGAUUUAGAAGAAAGAAGAACUUGAAUUGUGGGUGAUCAGAGAAUGGAUUCUGCAGCUAUGACUUCUGUUUGCAGUAAAUCCCUUUGCUCAACUCGCUCUACUCCUGGUUUAUUCCUGGGGACAACAAGAGGCAUUAGGAGCUCCCAGUGUAGCUUCGUGGUAGGAAAUAAGGUGCAGUUCCCUCGGCAGAUUGCUCAAGCUUCUCGGCUUGUUUCUAAAUCUGGAAAAAGUGGUGGGGCUCUUGCCACUACAUGUCGUGCAGAGAAAAUUCUGAUAGCAAAUCGUGGAGAAAUUGCCGUUCGUGUCAUUCGAACUGCACAUGAAAUGGGAAUUCCUUGUGUUGCUGUUUACUCUACCAUAGAUAAGGAUGCGCUUCACGUUAAACUGGCCGAUGAGUCAGUUUGCAUUGGAGAAGCUCCCAGCAGUCAAUCGUACUUAUUGAUCCCAAAUGUAUUAUCUGCCGCUAUUAGUCGUGGAUGUACAAUGCUGCAUCCUGGAUAUGGUUUCCUAGCUGAGAAUGCUGUUUUUGUUGAGAUGUGCAGAGAACAUGGAAUCAAUUUUAUUGGGCCAAAUCCUGACAGUAUCCGAGUCAUGGGUGACAAAUCAACAGCAAGAGAUACAAUGAAGAAUGCUGGUGUUCCAACUGUACCAGGAAGUGAUGGAUUGUUACAGAGUACUGAAGAAGCAGUGAGGCUCGCUGCAGGGAUUGGUUACCCUGUAAUGAUCAAGGCUACAGCUGGUGGUGGUGGAAGAGGAAUGCGUCUUGCUAAAGUGCCUGAUGAGUUUGUAAAGUUAUUGCAGCAAGCUAAGAGCGAGGCUGCAGCUGCAUUUGGCAAUGAUGGUGUUUAUCUGGAAAAGUACAUUCAGAAUCCAAGGCACAUUGAAUUUCAGGUUUUGGCAGACAAGUAUGGAAAUGUUGUGCACUUUGGAGAACGUGAUUGCAGUAUCCAGAGAAGAAACCAGAAGCUGCUUGAAGAAGCACCCUCUCCUGCAUUGACAGCAGAGUUACGGAAAGCCAUGGGUGAUGCAGCAGUUGCUGCAGCUGCCUCUAUUGGUUACAUAGGCGUUGGUACUGUCGAGUUCCUUUUGGAUGAAAGGGGUUCCUUCUAUUUUAUGGAGAUGAAUACUCGAAUUCAGGUGGAGCACCCAGUGACAGAAAUGAUUUCUUCUGUGGACCUGAUUGAAGAACAAAUUCGUGUGGCUAUGGGAGAGAAGCUUCGUUACAAGCAGGAGGAUAUUGUGUUGAGAGGACACUCAAUUGAAUGUCGUAUAAAUGCAGAAGAUGCUUUCAAAAACUUCCGACCUGGGCCUGGGAGAAUAACUGCAUAUUUGCCAGCUGGAGGUCCAUUUGUGCGAAUGGAUAGCCAUGUUUAUCCUGAUUAUGUGGUUCCACCAAGCUACGAUUCCCUGCUUGGAAAGCUUAUCGUAUGGGCUCCAACAAGAGAGAAGGCAAUUGAACGCAUGAAAAGGGCUCUUGAUGACACAGUCAUCACAGGGGUGCCAACUACAAUUGAUUACCACAAACUUAUCCUGGACGUUGAGGAUUUUAGGAAUGGAAAAGUAGACACUGCUUUUAUUCCUAAGCAUGAACAGGAAUUGGCUGCACCCCAGCAAAUUGUACCAGCUACCUCGGUGAAGGAGUUGGCGAAGGCAGCUGCCUGAUUUGCUUUGUUGUUAGUUUGAUCGAGCUUGUUUACGUUGGAAUUUGCUUUCCCAGAGCAGUCCAGAUCCAAUGCAUUUUUUCCUCCAAUACAUUUUUACAUUUAGCGAAUUGUUUGUGAAUGAAAAAAUCAGUUUUGUUUUAGGAUUUUUAAUAACAAAAAUAGUACACUAAGGUUGUUCUCUAUAACCUAGCACAUUGUAACUGUAGUGUUUUGGUAUCAGAAAUUAGAUGAGAUCCCCCUAUUUUCAUCUUCUUGAGGUGGUGCAGAACAGUUUGAGAAGUUGGAUCAUUCGAAGAAAUUACAGACUGUUAUUUUUGUUAUAAA